UAGAUCUAUAUAGCUUCUUUUCAAACCUCGAGAAAUGCACCAGACAAUGGACUUAAAUGAUGUAUUUGAAGAGGAAAUUCUGCAGAUAACAGAUAAAGACGAAGACCUCCUUUGUGGCAAAGUAUUUGCCAAGAAUUUUAGAAAUAAAUGUUUUAUCAAAACUAAAUUUCAUGAUCGCUUUGUAGAAAAAAUGACAAUAGCAAGGAUGACAAGCAGUCAGAAGCAGACAUUAGUUGGCAUUGAAGGACUUGGAAAGUCUUCAUCUGCAAUAUAUUAUGUCCUUAGUUGUAGAAAAAAGGGGGACAAUGGCAUUCACUAUAUUGACUUAAACGUAAUUGAAGCAAUCGAUAAAAACCUGGAAAAAUUUAAGCUAUUUGCAGACAGUGUGACUUGUAGUGAUUGUUUAGUUGUAGAUCAUGUAACAUUAUUUAAUAUGCCAUUAGUGAAGAAAAUUGAAGAAGUAACUCAGUAUACGCAAAUCAUUUUGAUUGAGUCUGGUUUUACAGCUUGUGCACAUACAUCAACUGGUGUUGACUUCGGUAAAAAUCUUCAGAUAGAUUUGAAUGAGUUUAAGAAGAUAUGGACUGGAUCCCUUUCAGUACAAACUAAGGGUUUAUCACUGUUUCUUGAAGGUCAUAAAGGUUCAUCAUUGUUUCUUGAAGGUCACAAGGUUUAUCAUGAAUUGAAAAACCAAUUAAUUGUAACACCAAAACUAUUGCACAGUACUUUAGAUGAUAUGAUGUUGCACAAUUUAAAAACUGAAGCAGUCCUUUACUCAGCAAAAUGUAGAUUACGGGAAGAGAUAGCUAUUUUUAACCUUGAUGUUAAAAAUACUCAGGAAGAAAGAUUCAUAUUAGAUACAAAAACCCUCCUGGAGUUAAUUAAGAAUUGUGAUGAAGGGUUUACCACCACAAUUUUUACUUUACAAGAAUUUAAGAUACCAAUAAAUAUUUUUGAUGUCCAAAUUAAUGUGGUAACCAAGCAAGCUCUGAAGGAAAAUUAUAGAUUAUUUGAGCUUGAGCUUGAAGAAGGUGAUGUUUAUGUAGUUAUAAGUGAAUUACAACCCUCUCUUCAUUCAUUUUGGAUUGAAAAGGUCCCUUUGAAUUAUAAAGAAGUGAUGAGUCAUACUGAUAACUUUUCAAAAGAUGUAUUUCGUAGGAUAAUUUUUUAUGGAGGUAUGCAAAUAGAGUUUGAGACAGCGCUUGUUAAAUUUCAAACAGAAAAUAACAUUGUUUUUGUCCCUGAUAGAAAUGUCUUCAUGGAUACAAACAGUUUUGAAACAUCUGGUGAAUGUGCGAUUAAGCAGUGUAUUGGGAUUAUAAAGCAGAGACAUGGUUUACAAUGUUUGAAACCUGAUCAAGAUAAACUGAUAGAAUAUUCUGAUGAAAGUACCGAUAGGUAUGAUAAACCUCUAAGGAAUGUGCACAGAACAGCUCUUUUCCUGAAAGAAGAAAUAAAAAAAAAUAGAGAUCAAACAUUGCUUGUUUAUCCAUCUGUUCAGAAUCUGGUUGGCUUCAGUUAUUUCCUGUAUACUGCAUAUACUCAUUCACAAUGUGGCAUUAACAAAGAAACAUGUAGCAGUGUUCCAGUUAAAAGAAAAAGGAAUGAGGGAACUUUGUUUCUAGUACGAGUUGCAACAGGAUUCUCUCACACAGGACUUACAAUGCACAAAGCUUUAGAAGUGUUCCAAAAUACAUUAAAAGAAGUAUCUCUUCAUGCAGUUGUCUUGAUUGCUACACACAGAAGUACCCUUUAUACUUUAACGGGGAACUGUGGUUUUAAGCAUCUAUCAGUUGUCAACAUAGGUCACCAACAUUAUUUGAAAUAUUUAAAUUAUUGUCUUGAGGAAGAGCAUUAUUUAGUUAUAGAUGCAAUAUUAUCAAGCUCCGAUGAAGUGAGGAAUGAAAGAAUCUUUUCACUUAUUUAAAAGACUACCAGGAACAGUUAUUGGGUCUGGCUUACUAUGUUGUGCUGCAGACAUAGUCACUGAGCUUUCAACAGUAUCCCAAAGUACAGUAUUCGUACUUGGCUUAUUCAACAGAACUCUUAAGGACUUUAACUGAACACCAUAUCUGAAAAUUUUGCAUAUAUCAUUAAAAGUGAAGAGCAGAGAAGAUUUAUUUAUUAGAUAUGAGAAAGUGAAUAAAAUAUCUAUACUACUAAUUAGUGUAUGUAUUUUGUACAUAAAACUAAGGGUUUCUGAAAGAUUUAGAACAAAAGAAAUAGAAGAAAAAAGAAAUAAAAAGUAAC